GAUGGAGCUCACUCAUUCAAACUCCUAUAUAUGACAACUUAAAAAGGAGGGGGGUUUUUUAUGUAAGGAGGAUUACUAAAAGCUGUUAAUUUUGUAGGCAAGCAUCAGUCCACAGAGUUAAGAUAGAGAAGGUCUGUUUAGUAGCUGUAGGCUAUUGUUUUACAUUGUUUUGUUAGUAUUUCAUAUAUUUGAAAAGUUUUGACCAUCACUAGAGCUGAUUGAGGUUUAGGGUAGGAUUUCUAAAUUGACAAUUUAAAAUGUUAAUGAUUUGCAAGCAUUACAGUGCUACACUGUUAUUGUUGUUAUUUUGGGGGGCUGUGGGCAGAGAAAGAGAGGUCCCCUUUUAGGGGUCUGUAUCGUGUAGCACCAAGCAAAUGUAGUACCAGUACUGGGAAAGUUUUCAAACUCUAAAUGAUAGACAGUAAUUUAGUUUGAGGGAACCAGUGGAUGUGGGAUUAGAAGAUAAAAGUGAGUAGGUUAUGUAUGUGAAGAAGGGAACCUUGAAGCUCUGUAGUCCAUGAGUUUAGCUUCCUGCUGAGGUGCACGAACUUUGCAGCUCUUCUUCUAUGAAUCCUCCUUAGAGAUGGUCCAGAAGAGAUGAACCAUACGUCAGUGGUGGAGUUCAUUUUGUUGGGCCUGACCAACAACCGACAUUUGCAAAUCAUCCUGUUUGGGGUUCUCCUCGUUGUCUUCCUUUUGAUCCUGCUGGGAAACCUCACUGUCAUCACCAUCACGCUGGUUGACCGUAACCUCCAGACCCCCAUGUAUUUCUUCCUUCGGAACUUCUCCCUUCUGGAGAUCUACUUCACUUCCACCUUCAUGCCUAGGACCCUCUACAGCCUCCUGCUGAAUAAGAAAGCCAUUUCACUCCCUGCUUGUUUCAUCCAGUUUUUGUCAUUCUUCUACUUGGGUACCUGUGUGUUUUUCCAUGUGGCGAUGAUGUCUUUUGAUCGCUACGUGGCCAUCUGCCGCCCCUUGCAUUAUUCCACUAUCAUGAAUGUGAGAUUUUGCAUCCAGCUGGUGGUGGCCUCUUGGGUGGCAGCUGUUUUUUUGAUGGUUCCUCCUACUGCUAUGAUUAUCCAGUUGCCAUUCUGUGGCCCCAAUGUCAUGAACCACUUCUACUGUGAUAUAGCUCCCUUGCUUCAGUUCUCCUGUGCAGAUACUCAGCGCAUUGAAUUAAUAUUCUUGACUUCAGUUAUAUUGAUCAUACCUGGUACUCUGAUAGUGAACAUCAUUUCCUAUGGCUAUAUCAUCUCCACCAUCCUCCGCAUCCCAUCUUCCACAGGCAGAAAGAAAGCCUUUUCUACCUGUUCUGCUCACCUCUUGGUAGUCACAAUACUGUAUAGCAGUGCAAUUUUCAGGUACAUUCGGCCAUCUCAGAAAGGUGGGUGGGAUUUUGACAAGAUUGUGUCUUUUCUCUACUCAGUAGUGACCCAGCUCUUUAACCCUUACAUCUAUACACUGAGGAACAACCAAGUGAAAAAGGCUUUGAGGGAUCUCUUUAGUAGGGCAUGUUCUUAGUGCAUUGCGGAAAUAUAAGCAGGCCGACAAUGAACAAAGACAGUGACUGACUUCAUACCUUGCUUUAUCAUGUUUUGAGUAAGGAAGGAGUGAUAGACAGGAUAGACAUUGCCUUAACACAUCUAGAUUAGUAGCUUCAUAGCUCAUGAGGUCAAAAGGGACCAUUGGAUCUUGGGCUCUGACCAGAAAAAUGGAGCUAUCCCUCUAGUGACCCAAAUAUAUUAGUAGUCUUGAUUUGGAGACUUCAAACAAGACAGAAUUCAUGAGGUCCUUGUUUAGUUCCCACCCGAGCACUCAAACACUUUCUUUUUACCCCCAAGCAAUAGUUUUUGUGCCUUAUUUCUUUAGUUGAAUUUAUGUAGUAUUCCUCCUUUCUCUUAUUUCUUGUUUGUCUCCCACAUUUGUAUGCCUCAUUACCACAUUCUUGGUGUUGUUAUUCCUAGCUGUUGUAGUUAUUGAUGCAGGAUCCAGAUGCCAUAACUGACAGCAUCAGUCCAUUGCACUAUCGACUGUUAUGCUCAUAAUUAUACUGUAUAACUAGAAAGAUAACACAAGUCACAGAGUUUACUAUAUUUAAGAAAGAUAUCUAAGUUUUGAGUUUCCUAUCGAUGAUCCAGGUGGUAGUUAUGAGAACCACUAGUGGAGACCCAUUGAAAAUCCUGAACCUACUAAAGCAUUUGGGUUAAAUCCUAUUUCACCUUAGUGGACCCAAGUGACAUUUCCAUAAAAAUGGAACUGCGAUUUUUUUGCCAAUAAUGCACUGUUUGGAUCCCAUGUAGACUGGAUCUUCUUGCAUUUCCCUAAUGCACAUACUUCAGCUCUGGAAGUGCCUGUGGUGGGGGAUAGAAUCACCCAGGCACAUAUAUAGGUAAGCCAACAAAUUCUUAUCAGGAACCAGAUCUUUUGCUUAUGUCAUAAUUAAUGUUAAUGAGCACUGGAUUUGUAACUACUUUUCAUGCCUUUCUAUAUCUCCCAUUAAAUCUGUUCAGAAAGUUUCUGCAAUAGAAGUGACUGAACUAUUUGCAUUUGCAAAUUUUCUAACACUUGACUUUUUACAGAGUCAUGACUUUAGAAAGUGGAGGGGGGAAAAAAGGAAAGGCUAAGCCAUAUGGAUGUUUUUUACAGUCUGCUUCCAAUGUUUAAUGCUAGACAAAUAGGUGAAUUAAUGCAAUUAAAAGGGAGCAGGUAUGGGAAACAAGUAGUGUAAAAAUAAAGGUGUGUGAAUCUGUAGGUUAAACUUGUUCUGUUGCUUCACCUUAUUGCAGCCACCACACUGGGUUAAUAAUGUGACUUUUUAUAAGCCACUGAUUGAUUGUGGUCUUUAUAUUGCCAAUCAAUGAAUGUGGUCAAUUUGAUUUCUUGCAGUUAUCUUCAAGACACAAACAGUUAACAUGAUCAUAACUCCAGUUUACAUGAAAGACACUGGUAUAGUUGGAGUUAUAAAACCCCUCCAGGAGGGAGGGCAAUAACAUUAUUCCUAUUUUCCAGAGCUGUCCAGAUAUGAGA